AUGGUGUCAAAGCUCUAUCAGCUGAAAGCAAAGGCCAAUCAAGUGACGCAGUUGAUUGCCAAGCAUGGAACUGAGUACUACAAGAAGCUGUUGGAGGAGAACAAGCAAUAUAUACAGGAGCCACCAACGCCAGAGAAAUGUAAUCUAUUAUCGAAGCAGUUGUUUUAUACUCGCCUUGCUAGUCAUAACGCUGUUCAUCCACUUUGCUGCAUUCCUCUUCAUUACAAGGCAUUCUGGAAGGAGCUCGAUUAUGUUAAACAUAAGUGGAGGCAUGUAGGGGACUUGAAGGUGGAGGAUGUCGCCAUCGCCACAUUGUUCGGUCUGGAAUGCUACGGGUGAUUCUGCAUAGGUGAAAUCGUGGGACGGGAUUCACCAUCACUGGCUACUACGUCUGAAAACUGAUAAGAUCCCAGAAAUCUUAGCUGCCUUUGCGUUUUCGGUAGCCUUCUUCUGUUCUCUCAAAAUCGAGCAAGGGUCACUUUGGUUUUGUCUUGGAUCUUUUUUGGAUGGUGCUGCCUCAGCUUAGUGAGUUCACUUUCUGCUUUCAUGAAGCGCAUGUAAAUUCUUAAUGGAAUUGCACUCAUCUAUAUGCAUAUGGAAAGCACCAGAGCCCGGAAAGAAGGGCUCGAGCCUCGAGGAUCGGCGCAUCGAUACCCAUGGAGCUCGAUAAAUCCAUGCCAAUCUGGAAUCUGAAUUUCGGUGAGCAGUGCUGAAACUUGGGCUUUAGAUGUGUGAUCUGUUCAUGCUUUUUAGAAUGGUGGGUCAUGAUGUUUUUCCCUAAUUGAUCUCCCAAAAUUUGAAAGAUGCUAUGUUCUGAUUUGCAUUUCAUUCUGGGCAUCAUCUGAGGAUUCCUCUCUGCAACUGCAAUUCAGCAUAUUCCUUUUCCUCAGGCAUCUGUGUUCCUUCUCCAGAGCUAGAUUUUCCAAAUUAAAUAAUAAUCAUUCUUGGAUU